UAGGGCGACGGGGCGGGCUUUUGAUGAAGGGACAGGAAUGGGAAAGAUGGCGGCGAUUCUGGGACCCUCUGGGUGGUGGCAGCGGUGGCGGCGAUGUUUGUCGGCUCGGGAUUGGUCAAGGAUGUUGCUCCUUCUCCUUUUGUUGGGGUCUGGGCAGGGGCCACGGCAAGUCGGGGCGGGCCAAACGUUCGAGUACUUGAAAAGGGAGCACUCGCUGUCGAAGCCCUAUCAGGGUGUGGGCACAGGCGGUUCCUCACUGUGGAAUCUGAUGGGCAAUGCCAUGGUGAUGACCCAGUAUAUCCGCCUUACCCCGGAUAUGCAAAGUAAACAGGGUGCCUUGUGGAAUCGGGUGCCAUGUUUCCUGAGAGACUGGGAGUUGCAAGUGCACUUCAAAAUCCAUGGACAAGGGAAGAAGAAUCUGCAUGGGGAUGGCUUGGCAAUCUGGUAUACAAAGGAUCGGAUGCAGCCAGGGCCUGUCUUUGGAAACAUGGACAAAUUUGUGGGGCUGGGAGUGUUUAUAGACACCUACCCCAAUGAGGAGAAGCAGCAAGAGCGGGUAUUCCCCUACAUCUCAGCCAUGGUGAACAACGGCUCCCUCAGCUAUGAUCACGAGCGGGAUGGGCGGCCUACAGAGCUGGGGGGCUGUACAGCCAUUGUCCGCAAUCUCCAUUAUGACACCUUCCUUGUGAUUCGCUAUGUCAAGAGGCAUUUGACGAUAAUGAUGGACAUCGAUGGCAAGCAUGAGUGGAGGGACUGCAUUGAGGUGCCCGGGGUCCGUCUGCCCCGUGGCUACUACUUCGGCACCUCCUCCAUCACUGGGGAUCUCUCGGAUAAUCAUGAUGUCAUUUCCCUGAAGUUGUUUGAGCUGACAGUGGAAAGAACCCCAGAAGAGGAGAAGCUGCAUCGAGAUGUCUUCUUACCCUCGGUGGACAAUAUGAAGUUGCCUGAGAUGACAGCUCCACUGCCACCCCUGAGUGGCCUGGCCCUCUUUCUCAUCGUCUUUUUCUCUCUGGUGUUUUCUGUAUUCGCCAUUGUCAUUGGUAUCAUACUUUACAACAAAUGGCAGGAACAGAGCCGAAAGCGUUUCUACUGAGCCCUCACGCUGCCACCACCUGCAAGACUGUCACCCAUGAGGUGUGGGAAAAACAGGUGCUGGCCUGAGCACACAGCCUGAUGGGUCUUCUCCAGUCUCCAGCAGCUGGUCAGAGACUGUGUUCUGUCACUGGAGCUUUGAAUGCAGGGACCUUGAAUUCACAUGGUCAUCCAUCGGGACAUCUAACUCUGGUCUGGGAAGCCACCCACCCCAGGGCAAUGCUGCUGUGUUGUGCCUUUCCCUGCAGUCCUUCCACGUGGGAGCAAAGAGGCGUGGAGAGAAUUUAUAUGCUUGCGAUGCCAAAAUCACAGAGCAGAAUAUCAUGGCCCAGGCUGCCUUGUUGUUGGACUCGGAGGACCCUCUGCCUCAUUUUAAAUCCACAAAGAAUAGAAAACUGAUAAUGCCUCAUACCUUGCAGCCAUCCAUUCACUGGUUUUUGCUUUUUACCCUGAGGAGUUUUCUUUGGAAAUCAGAAUGAAAACUUCUUCCCUGCCUCGCUUUCCUCUCUCACUCCAUUCAUUGUCCUGUGUGCCACCUGAGCUGGAGAAGACAUUUGGAUGCCCCUCUGUUGAGGCCUGGGACUGCACAACAAACUUAGUUUCACUGGCCUUCAUUUGGUGGCCCUAGGGAGAGGGCUUUCUGCUUUGGCUCACUGUUCCAGCUUUCGUUCUCUAGGCUGGGUCUUAGGUCUGUUAGUGUGUCCGUGGCCUUCCUAAUCAAAUCGUUUCAGGCCCUCCAUCAAGUUUGGCUGAAAGUUUGUGUGUAAGUCAAGAGAAGCUUGGAAGACAUCAUGGAUGCCAUGGGAUUAACUGUGAAACUGGCCAGCUCCAGGUUUGAUACUGAAAGCAACAUUUAUCAUGUGGUCUGACCACGUGGAAAUGUUUCUGGACUCAAUAGAGUCUGCUUAGCUGCAUGUUUUAUAGUUAUGAUUUUUGGAAUCCCACUUUGAAUGUCGAAAGUAUAAGGAAGCUUUCUUCUUAUAUCCUGAGCUUGAAUACUGCCCAAAGAGGACAUUUGGCGUCUUUUUCUUAAUGAGUAAGAAAUAGUUGCUGUUUUCAUGUUCCAAGUCUGGGAGCAUUAGACCCUUAUCAUCUGUGCCUAGAAGAGUUUGUUGUCUUUGAGCAGCCUGAGUGCUGUCUUCUACAUGUCAGCCCUUAUUCUACUGCCUUAUCUGACAAGGGGUUACAUGCUGCUCACCUCUCUGCCCUGUGAUUAAAUUGGUUGCAGGCCAGAGUCUCCUGGAGGGCCUAGAACUCUGUGCUCUCUUAUGGACCUCUGUAGCCUAAAGGAAAUUCUUAAAAUGCCUGAUGGAACCAAA